CGUCUGAGGCGCAGAGGAGCGAGCGCACUGUGCAGUGCGCACCGGGAAACAGCGACAAACCAGAGAGAAAUCAGAGAGAAACCAAAGAGAGCGGAUCCACACAAAGAGUGAAGGCCAUGGUCGUGGGGAAGGUGCGCUCCACUCGGAAGCUGCGCGCCUGGAUGGUGGAGCAGGUGAACAGUGGGAAAUAUCCAGGCGUCGUUUGGGACGAUGAGGAUAAAACCAUGUUCAGAAUUCCAUGGAAACAUGCCGGAAAACAGGACUUCCGGAAAGAUGAGGACGCUGCCAUCUUUAAGGCGUGGGCGCAGUACAAAGGCAAACUGACAGAUGAGGAGCUGAAUAAUCCGGCGUCGUGGAAAACGCGUCUGCGCUGCGCCUUAAACAAAAGUCCAGAGUUCAGUGAAGUGAAUGAACGUGCUCAGCUGGACAUCUCCGAACCGUACAAAGUCUACAGACUGGUGCCUGUCAACGAGCAGAGUUUGACGCCUCCUGAAAAGAAGAUUCGUGAGAGGAGCGGACGAAAACAGAAACGAAGGAGCGCAGACCAAAGUGAACCUGAGCUUAAACACAUCAAAACUGAAGAGUGCAGUCCAGAGACCAGCCUCCAGUUUACUGAAGUCUUUUUACCAAGUGAGAUUCCAGUUGAGAGCGAAGAGACAGUGACCAACCACAUCCCCAGACCAUCUGAAGAGAUGGAUGAGAUCACACUGGAUGUCCGGAUCGAGGAGACUGUCCCAUCUGCUCAAACAGGCACAGACUCUUUCCGUGUGGUGGUGCAGUAUUUGGGACAGGAGGUGGUUCGACAGCAGGUCUGUAGUUCGGAUGUUCGAAUCCAGUACCUGCGCUCUCCGCUCUGCCCUCCCUCUUCGGUCCCACAGGGGGCACAGUUUCCCCGUGUGCCCCUGCCAGAUCCAGGGUUGUCUCUGGGGCACGGGGAGGAGCUAGCUGCGCUGCACACACUCCUCCCCUUUAUGGAGAAAGGCAUCCUGCUGACCUCCACCAAGAGAGGGGUCUACGGCAAGAGGUUCUGCCAGGGACGGGUGUUCUGGACCGGGCCACACUCAGAGCAAGGCCUACAUAAGAUGGAGAGGAACACAGAGCCAGUGCUGCUCUUCUGCAAAGAAACAUUCAAACAACAGCUGGAGCUGUUCUGUGCAAACGGAGGAGAGCGACCUCAGUGCAGCUUCACUCUGUGUUUUGGAGAAGAGCUCAGCGAGGCCGAGGACACAAGCAAGAAACUCAUCAUAGUACAGAUCGGGUUGCCGUGGGCAGAGCAGCAGGUGGAGAACUUUGAGUCCAUCGUCCGCUCCAUAAACUUCUUACAGACUCUGGCCGAUCAGAGUCCCAUGAGAGAGAUCACUCUAGACCUGGAGCCCGUGGACUAGACCAGGAGUAGACCAGGACUGAACCAGGACCACAGUAAAUCUGGAACCACAGACUGAGGAGGGUGGGAUGGGGUGAAAUAUUUCUGACUUGUCGGUGAUAGUUCUUUGACCAUUGUGAAGUAUGAACUUGUGUAGGUUCCUCUUUCGGGCUGCAUUCACAGCAGCUUUUGAGGUUUAUAGUCCAGCUUAAAAUCUGCACGGAUGUGCUGCACAGCUCCUGGACACUCUUGUACGUGCACCCCAGUUGAAAAGUUACUACAUGUCAACAUCUUGGAGCAAGGAUGUAUUGUCCUAUUAACAAAAUCUGUACGAUUUAAAGGGCCCAUAUUACAAUAUUUUCUGAUCUAUGUUAUAAUGUUUCACCAUCGCACACCUCGAGUUGUGUUUUGUUUCAUUCACACGCUUAACACACAAACCCUGCAUAGGUAGCUAUUAACUUGAAAACUACAAUACAAUACAAUAAUAAACAAUGACAUCACAAGGUGGAACAGAGCAUUUUGAGCUUUGGAGAUAUAGACAGACUAAUAAAGUGUGACUCAAACAUGUGUGAAUGAAAGGAACACAACUCCAGGUCUGUUUUUGAGGAGGUCACAGCGUACAUGACUUAAAGCUCACAGUAGUUUAUUUUGUGGACCCUGCUUAGCUCCGCAGCUCGUCUGGUUCAGGUCUACCAUAAACCAGUCUUUAGUCCUGAUGCACACCUGGUUUGGUCCGGUUCUAGUCCCACUUUAGUCCCAUAGGUGCUCUAUGUAACUUUUCUCCAUGGAGCUUGAGACGUUGUCAUUCCUCACUCGUCCAGGAGUGAUUUAGUGAAGAGAACGUUUUGACAGUGGUCUGGACACUGUUGUCCACUGUUGCCCAAAACAUUUUUGUGUCCCGCUGUUGAAACCUCCAUGGAGCUUUUAUUGUUAUGCCUGCAAUGUUCAACAGUAUGACUUUAAAUGUAUCUAUUUCUAUUAAGACAAGUAGGUGAUAGCACAAGACAAAGUUAGUUUUUUUUUUUACCAUAAAGUAACAUCUGUAAUUAAAUAAUGCAAGAUGUUUCAGUAAACGUAAGAACCUCUCUAUGGGGACACGCUAGUAACAGACCCCUCAGUAUAAAAGUUACAUGUUGAACUAUAAAUAAGUAUAUAUAUAUAUAUAUAUAAGUUUACAUGAAUCAUGAGCCACAACAGUGACUGUUGCUUUGCUCAAAUCGAUACCUUGCAGUGACAUCGCACUGGGGGUGUCCUACAUGUAUAGUAGAAUUUUCAGCCGUUAUUAUGGUGACACAGUGUAGACCUAAAAGUUUUAAGAUUUAAGUGUGAAAACUUGAGCAUUAACAGUGAAAUCACUGGUGAUAAGUCCUCUGCCCCAGCCCCAUUCCAGAUUCCCUGAACAGCUGUUCAUGUUUGGUAGAAAAGUCCACUGUACGCACUUAGAUGUAGCACUUUUCACUUUUUAACCUUAAAUAUGUGUUAUUGUUGUCAUAGAAACAGAAUACUAUGUUGGUGACAGGAAGCACUACAUAUAAAACCUGUGUAUUUAAAUGUUACAAAUUAUGACCUUAAAUAUAAUUCUCUGUACAAGUGUUUGUUUUUUUGGUCGUCUCUUUAUUUAAUCCAAUUUAAAGUCUCAUAUCAUUUUUGGGAUAACUUUUUUUUUUUUAAAUAAAAUAAUCCACCAUUUUAAGA